CGAGGCUUCAACGUUCACUGCGGGUUUUUUAUGGAUAUCUGCUUCGGCUGGUGGGAUAGGAAACAUCUAGCCAGCUACCCAGGUCUUCCUAUUUGACUGCUUCCUUUUUUUCAGGGUGCCGUCAUCAAAACACGUGUUGGCUGCGAGCGAGCUAUGAAGACGAGUAAGAGACCAAAUGUUCUGUUAACAGGAACCCCCGGUGUUGGAAAGACCACUUUAGGAAAGGAGCUGGCCCAGCGGACAGGGCUGACCUAUGUUAACAUAGGAGACUUGGCCCAAGAAGGACAGCUUUAUGAUGGCUAUGAUGAAGAAUACCAGUGCCCGAUCUUGGAUGAGGACAGGAUUCUGCAGGUGGUGGAUGAGCUGGAUGAAAAGAUGGUAGAAGGUGGUGCAAUUGUUGACUAUCAUGGCUGUGACCUGUUCCCUGAACGCUGGUUCCACAUCGUCUUUGUCCUACGCACAGACAACACCCAGCUGUACACACGGUUAGAGAGCAGGGGUUACACAGGGAAGAAGCUGCAGGACAACGUGCAGUGUGAAAUCUUCCAGACCAUCUAUGAGGAGGCCAUGGAGGCAUACAAUGAGGAGAUCGUCCACCAGCUACCCAGCAACACUCCUGAGGACCUGGAGCGCAACCUGGAGCAGAUCGUGCAGUGGAUUGAGCAGUGGAUGAAGGACCAUAACUAGACGCUCAAUUCUGCCUGCUGGGUUCCACUGGCGGGGACUGCCAACUACAGUCAUUUAGACAAUUAAAAAUUCAUUGCUGUUAUUUUUCAAUCUGCAUCUACAGUGUCAUGCAAAAGUUUGGGUAGCCUUGGUCAAAAUUUAUGCUACUGUGAAUAGCUAAGCAAGUACAAGAUAACCUAGUUUCUAAUGGCUUCAAGUUAAAGAUGACACAUUCCUUUAAUAUUGAAGAUUAAAAAUCACAGAAUUUUGUGUUGAGGUUGCAAGAAAGGUUUUCUUCUCAUGACUCCUCCAUUAAAGUGAUGUUUGUGUAGGUGUCACUGUACAGUACACCACUGCACCACCACUCCAGUUUGCUAAAUCCUCCUGAUGGCCUUUUUCAGUCUAACAGGGUUGAGUUCUCUUGGAGGAAAGUUUUCUUGGUCUUCUAGACCUCAAUUUGACCUCCACUUUUCCUGUUUCUGAAUUACUAACUGAGGAAACAGCUACCUGAAAAUGCUUUGCUGUCUUCUUGUAGCGUUCUCCUGCUUUGUGAUUAAAAGUUAAGUUGGGGUCAAAUGUCACACCAAGAUUUUUAGCUCAGACAUAUGCUGAGGGCUAAUAAUAUCUGCCACAAUAACUGGCAUUAAAUGCCUGUCCAGAUAUGUAGUAUUUUUACUUUCAUCAGACCUCGAUUUGAAUCCAAAUUUUUCCACAUUUAGAUUUUUUUUCUUCUUAAAAAUUCACUUUAAAGAACAUCAGCUUAUUUUGUUGGUUGAAAAAAGGGGUCUGCAGAAAAACGUGUUUGGAUUCCUCAUAGUAAGAUAUUAAAAGUAUUGUUUUGUAGCUGGUGCUAAAAUUCAGAUAUUGGUACUAAUACACCCAGCUCUAGUGGUAUAGUUGACAAAUGGUAAUGAUUUUUUUGUUUGUUUGUUUGUUUCAUCCCAUAUCACAAUAUUUUGAAUUGUGUAAACACAAGUAUUACAGCCUACAUGUACUGUGGAAUCAAAAUGCUCAAACCUACUGACCCCACCAAUGUUUUUUUUCGUGUGUUGUGAACUUUUUUUGUAAUCACUAUACACACAGUACCCCAAAAUGGCAUUUUAAAAUUAUCUCAUGAUUAAAAAUAAACAUCUGGAUUAAUAUUUCAGUUACAUAUUACAUGUUCAGUUUCAGUAAUGCGUGGGACCACUGACGGCAAUGACAGCUUUAAAUCUAUUCGUUUGCAUCAGCUGUCCAUUCCUUUCUCUCAUUUCUUCUUGGAGAUCAUUGAAUAUGGUUUUAGGGUCACUGUCCUGACUAUUUCUAAAGGGUUUCUAAGUCUGGGGUUUUGGCUGGGCCACUCACCAACACUCAGACCUGUCCACUAUCAUCAUCCAGGAUGUAGUGUUACAUUGAUGCAAGAUGUGGUGUUGUAUGAGAACAAGCAAAGGUUACUCCUUGCCCCUGUCUGAUGAUGACUGUACUUUGGAGCAGGUUUGUUUCAAGGACCACUGUCGACUUUGUUGUGUUCAUUGCAGGUCUCUGCUACUGCAAUAUUGCUGUGACGUAGCCCUGACCUGGCAUGUUUCACUUUGGGUAUGACUGCUACCUGGGGUUUGCCAGAUAUAGUGUCUGGCAUCCAGACAUUUGUUACAGUUCCAUACUAUACACCAACUGUACACAGCAGUCUCUGCAGAUCUUUACUGUUUGAAGGAAUGAAGGAAAUGUGUAUACUUUACUGUGUUAUACUAACAGGAAAUGAUGCAAUACAUGUGCCAUCAGAGAAACUGAGUGCCACACAAUGGUAAUGUGUGUCAAAGGUGUACAUUCCUAUAUUAAUCUGUGUUUAACCCCUGAGAUAAUCCAGUUGUGUUAAAAUUAUGGUUUGGUUGUGUGUUUGUUUGUUUGUUUUUUCAUUUUAAUCCUUAAAUCAUUUUGUAACCUUUUGCUCUGGGACCUGCUAAGUAUUUUUCUGAAGAGCAACUACUGUAUUUCAGCCCUUUAUAAAAAGUAAA